AUGAUCUUCUACGAGGCGAUUAACCCCGCUCACGCCCUCGGACGACACAUGCUGGAACUGCCUACACGGAUACUGGUAUAUCCUUAUGCAGAAGAGCCAAAAAAACUCGUCAACAAUGCCUUGAAUACGCCCACCGGAUUCUUCCAUUGGUAUACGAUCAACAUGGGAUCCCUCAACCCAUUCCCUGAAACCCAAGAUGCUUUCCUCCAGCAGUUCUUCACCCUCUUCAAGUCCUUCAUGGAAAAAGCAGCACAACUUCAACCCCCGACGAAGUCGCUAACACAUUCCACACUCAUUCCGAUCUCGACGACUUCAUCUCUCGAGUGCAUUCGUGAAUUGGAAACUACGGCGAUCACUACGGCGGCAUCUGCCGGCAAUGACAGGCAAGUUCGUCCCACCUCCGUAUUCUACGCCUUCCUCCAUUGUAUAUACCCUAUUCAACACGGAAAUGUACAAAGCAGACAUCAAGAUUCUCGCCUGAUAAAAGUGCCAUCGCGCGUUGUCGCUCAAGCCUCUCACAAAGACAGGCAACUGGCCCCCAUUGGAUUCGCGAGGUGUCCUGCUCGAACACAAGGGGCCCUACUCGACCUACAAAAUAUAAACGGAGGCGAAGAACUGAAAAAACAACGCAGGAUCGAUAGGACAACUUGUAUGAUGAAGAUCGAGAUCGAACACAUCGAUGGCGGAGUGCCCUCGACCAAGACACCCCUACCACACCCAGCGGCGGCGACGAUGGACAAGAAGCUCACGACGAGGGCCAACACACGUUCUAUCCCCGAGAUGCUGGACAUAAUCACACCCAACCCGUCGUGCUCGAUAGGGCAUUUCGACGACAGCGAGGCUAGCGAGAGCAUCGAUGGUACUGGAGGACGUUGGACCGAGAUCGGUGUGGAAGAUGGUGGGCCAACACGAAGAUGGGCGGAGAACGUCCGCAUAAAGGAUGCGUACAAUGUGUUGGACCAUGAGAGCGAUGGUUGCCUCCCACCCUCCCACUCACCCCAAACGCCUAAUCUCGAGUCUCUACGUACCAGGACUCUUACAGUACAACCCCGGCAUGCACAGCGCGACCAGAAUAAGACCUCGCCUCAAGGUCUCCUUUCUAUCUCCGCGGACAACGACGUUAACGUCGGACAACCAAGCCUGUAUCGCAACACUCUCCUCUACUCUCGACCUUAUCGAAACCGUCCUUCCGAGUUGUACAACUGGACCCAAGUCGACCUUUCCGCGCCUCACUCCGACUUCCUCUUCUGCUGCGCCACACUCUUCCUGAACCGACUAUGGCAGGAACGCCCGGGCCAACGCCGACUGCGGACACAGAAGGACCGCGAGUUGCUCGAGCAGCUUGCGCGGCACUUCGACGGGCUGCAGAAGGAUGUCCUAGGGCGGUAUGAGCAGCAUCACCCGCAAACGUUCGGGUGGACGUACAGGCAGAUGCUGAGCACACUCCAGCUUCCGUCGGAUUAUUUCGCGAAUGGGGGAAGAGACUUCGGGCGGUAUGGAGAGAGCUUUGGCUCGUGGCCGCUCGAAGACCCUGAGGGCGAUGGUUUCAUCGAGGACAUGGUGUUAUGGAGUACAUUCUGA